AUGAGACAUGUCAUUUCUGUGGAUGGAACAUUUAUGAAAUCCAAAUUUCAAGGUACAUUACUUGUUGCCACAUGUCAAGAUGCAAAUCUUCAGAUAUAUCCUCUUGCAUUUGGCAUUGUUGAUUCUGAAAACGUUGCAUCAUGGACUUGGUUUUUCAAUAAGUUGUUUCAGGUAACGGGUAUGUUGGAAGGGCUUGUUUUCAUUUCUGAUCGCAAGGAUAUCAUUGGUAAUGCUAUAAAGAUUGUUUAUCUUUAUGCACAUCAUGAAUGUUGCAUGUGGCAUCUACAACUAAACAUAAAGUCAAAUUAUCAUAAGACCGAUAAUCUGCCAUUGUUUAUGGCAACUGCAAAGGAGUAUAGUUUGAUUAAUUUUGAAAAAUCAAUGGCAAAUCUAUAUUGUAAAAGUACGGCAGUUGGACAAUACAUGGAAAAGAAGGUUGGGUAUGAAUUUUGGUCCCGAGCACAUUUCAAAGGAAUCCGUUACAAUAUUAUGACAACUAACAAUGCAAAAUCUUUGAACUUGUUAUUCAAGAAUGCUCAGGAGUUUCCAAUACUUGAUAUGGUUGAGCAAAUAAGAAAAACUUUACAGAAAUGGUUUUAUGAGAGACACAUUGAGGCUAAAAAAUGUGCAACUACUCUAACCCUGUCCAUUGAGGAUAAAAUAUGUAAAAAGUAUGAUGAUGCAAAGCUUCCUUGCAAACAUGCACUUCCAGCAAUGAAAUUUAAGGGAAUAUCUUGUUACAGUUUGUGCUCACCUUAUUAUACUAGUGCUAGUUGGAAACAAGCAUAUGCUGAAUCAUCACUGUUUGUUCAGACCAAAACGGCAUUUGGUCGUUUUAAAUGUAUGGGUGUUAUUUCUACUCAUUUCUUGUUCAUUUUUGUUCAUUCAGGUAAAAAGACAGCAGCACAGCUUGUUCGAACCAAAUCUGAUUGA